GUACUUUUCUGUGCUGACGACGCCCGCUUUCUCUGUUUAGUCGCUCCGUGAUAAAGCAAUAUAAACUGACCUUGUAUUACGUUAUCAUUAUCUAAGCGAAAGUACCUGUACGGGCCUUCCAUUUCAAGCAAUGGCUCGUGGAAUUUUAGCCGUAACUUUGAUGUUGACGGCAUUAUCAUAUGCUUCAGAUCAUCCGGCGUUGAUGAGCACUAAACACUUGAAGCAAUUUCAGUUCCUAAAGUAUGACAGAACAGAUUUACAUGAAAGACAUCUGAGAGCAAAGAGGUCUGCGGAUAGUAGGGUGGAAAGCCAUAAAACUGUGGAGUUAAAAUUCUCCGCUUACAAUAGGUAUUAUAUCCCAUUUCCUCGUCAAAAGAACACAAUAGAGUGCAUACUCUCUAUUGGAAAAUAUGAUGAUGAUCAUAUAUGUGUAUACAAAAUGUAUUGUUAUGGGAGCGGCUCUAAAUGCCCUGAUGCCGAGUUGAAACCAAACAGAACUGAAUGCAAUGAUAAUAGACAAAUCUGUUACCUUGGGGAAUGUUCUGGAUCCAUCUGUGAAGCAGCAGAUGUUAUGAUGGAAGAAUGUUUCUGCUCUGGUGAAGAGAAAACUCCUGAAGAAAAAUGCCAUCUUUGUUGCCAAGAACCAACAUAUUGGUGGGCAGUGGUGCUGAUGGGUGUUGGUUUGAUUAUUGUCAUGGGGCUUUUCAUCAAAAUAUGCAGUGUAGCAACGCCGAGCAGCAAUCCAAAGUUGCCACCUGCACGCACCCUAUCACGGAAAAAUCGUACCAACCAAACGCGUGCAAUGGAAUUGCAGUGAACAUCUAUUGCCGUAUACUACUUAAUAGGUUGUGGUGUUUUUCAAUUUGCAGUGUUCCCUAGUUGUCACACUGCGUGUUUGAAUAUCGUGUAAAAAGUGUAAUUUCAUCCAAUGUGGAGUGCCUGACAUAUACUUUAUUACAAUACCCUCAUGGUUUUAUUUUUGGAACUUUUUGUAGUUUUUAAACACAUUUUUCUCUACUAUCAUGGCACUUACCAUAUUGGCUCUAUUAGUAUGGCAUGCAUUUAAGUCAAUUACAGAACUCUGUCUGGGUAACAUAUUUUAAUAAUCCAGCAUACAAUAAAUUCAAUUCUAAUAGAGCAUUUACAGUAUUUGUUAAAUAAUUGAUUAGCGGGGUGUAUAUUGCCACUGCUGUUGAUAUCUGGGUGGUAAAUUGGGCUUGGAUAAAUUGGACAUACUUGUACAUUUUGAACAAAUAUUUGUAAUUUUUUAUAUGUAUACACUGUAUUAGGAACUGGUUAAAAAAAUUAAAAUAGAACUGGUAAUUGUACUUUUGAUAUAAACUUGGGUGCCUUUUUCUGUAAACCAGUUUAAAUUUAAUUUUUUUUAGAGAAAAGUGGGUAUGGAGCUUGCGCUUUCGAUAAUUUGAUAUGUGUGUCACCUUGAUUAAACCUACCUUUUCCAUGCUAUGAAUGGAAUUGUCCUUAUACAUGCCAGUGUCUGAUUUUGUUUUAGUGAAUUUUUGAUUUAUUUCUUUUUAGUGUUAAAUUAGUAUUUUAGGGAUGUUCAAGUUUAUUUAUUUCAUUUGACACAUUUGUAUAAUACACCUAUCCUACUUUGCAUACAAUUGAGCCCCCUAGCCAGCCUACUUGCAUUUCAGUGUGUCCCCUAGCCUACUUGUCAUUCUAGUAGGCCCUCUAACCUACUUGUCAUUCUAGUAAAGCCCCCUAGCCUACUUGUCAUUCCAGCCUACUAGCUUACUUUGAAUUCUGAUGAGCUCUCCUGCCUAUUUAUAGUCAACUAUAAAAGGUUCUGUGUUUCUCUUGAAAAAGAAAAAAUCAUGAAUAAUAUCAAUGCUAGUAAUUAUUUAAGAGUGAAUUGAAUUUAUAGAGCUGUAGAAGAAAAGACUAUAUUCAGAUUUCCAAACUGAAUGUUCGAGAGAGCCAAUUUAUGUGUUUUUUUAGAAAUUAGAGGUUUACACUCUGAAAUGAGAAAUUUUCCAAAUCUAGAACACGCUUAAGAAGCUCAAUUUGUGCAUGUCUUGUUAUAGGGUUUACCCUAUCGCAAUAUUAAAUGAGAAUGCUUUUAUUUUGUCUUUGUAGAUGACUCAAUACUGCAGUGUGUCAGUGUUAUUUGGUUCUCUUUGUGUGUGGGAAAGUGUUUUUUAGUUUCCAAUAGAACACAUCAGGUGCAUGUCAGUUGUUUAUUUGAUGUGUGGUUAUUAUGUGACAUAUUCAUUUUUACUGUUUGGUGUAGACUGUCGACAGUUCUUGGCCUAAUUUGUAUUUGAUUUAGUAUACUAAAAAAUUAAGCCUGAGGACUGUCGACAGUCUGUUUGGUGUUACGGUUAGGUAGCAUUGAUUUCAAAAUCUGCAGAAUUUUCAACAGUAUUUUCCAUCCUCAGAAUCCAAGUCAAUGCAAAGCUGCUUAAAAGCUUGUACCUGAUUGGCUACCCAACCAUAACACCCAACAUUUGGACCAAUUAGAGAGCAACUUGUUUGUUGCAGGAUCAUUUCAAAGUAUCAAAUUCUGCCUUGUAUAUAUAUGCUUCAACUGAACUGGAAAAAUCCUAGUCUUUGCAAUGCUGCAUCAAAUACCUUAGUUUGAAUAUUUAUUUUCAUAAGCCUAAAUGGCCUGGUACUUACACUAAACUUUUACAUAUUCCCACAACAAAUGUUCCAUUAUAAGUAAUCUUAUCUAACACAUCACCUGCUCCACAGGUAUAUAAAUAAAUGGUAGAUAAUGUCGGCAGACCAUCUGUAAAUUUAUUGACGAGACAUGAUGCAAGUCUUUUGUUUUAUGAAGAUUUCAGUUUUACUUUCAAACGUAAUCUGUUGAUGUAAAAAUUAUUAAAUCUGCAUUGCAUGUACAUGUUAAAGUUAAUAUUUUCUAGUUAUUUUCUUCAUCAUUGUCAUUGGGCAUAUUUGAUUACUGAGGAUUUCAUACAAAUUUAUUUAAAUGAGUUGUUUGUUUUUCUCCCACAUUUUACCAGUAUGUUGUGAAAGUCGCUGUUGGCACCGGUCAAAGAAUGUCCAUUUCUGUUUUUUCUAAUUAGGAAUAGAUACUUUCUUUUAAUACUAAAUUUUUGGCAAGAGAAUCAUAUUCAGAAUUAUUUUGUGCGGGUGCAGGAUUAUUUAGAUGUGUGUGUCAUAUCUAAAGUAGAUGAUAUUUUCCAUCUGGCCAAUCAGACUUAUUUGUUUUGGUCAGAUGACAAAAUCUCAGAUCAUCUCUGAAAACAUGGAAUAAGUUCAUUGUAUAAUAGGUUAAGUUUGCUUUUUGUUAUUUAUCAAUAUUAGUACAGUCGUAUAUGGGCUGCAUGAACUGAUUGGGUUACAUUGUCAAAUUUGUCUCCCCAAAAACUUGCGUAAUCUUUUCUUGAGUUUCUUGUACAACUACUACAUGUGUGUAACUAGGGGUGAGGGGUGCAUAUUUGGUUUUUCACAUAUUGAUACUUAUUAUACAAUGAAUACCCACAAUUAUAUGCAACCAUAAAUGUUUGAAGAAUUGAGUUAGAAUAAGGAUUAACCAAGAUUGGCUAAUACACUGAAUAAAGGUAGUUUCUUGAGACAAGUUUUAGUCUUGUUUGUACUAAAAACAAAUGCGACACAUUAUUCAAUUCACUAUUUUCACAACUUUGUUGAAAUUUGAACAUUAUGACACAAUUCUCUAACUUUGAUUGGGAAUUUAGUGAUUUAAUGUUUUAAGACUGGGUUUUCAGUAAGUGAUAAAUGUUAUUUAUAAAUAUUGAGUUCUAUUGAUGAACAGACAAAAAAGUCUAUCUCCCUGUAAUUUGUAGCUCUCUGUAAUUCUGAAAUUUCAAUAAAACAAGCUUUUUCAAAAAA